AUGGCAAACGCAGCGGAUAGUCAGCCUUUCUUCGAGCAACAUGCUCGCAAGAUCGGAAUGGAGCAGCCACUCUUGGACAAAUUCAUAGCUGGAGGGGUCAAGACGGUGUCCAUGGCAGCCUAUGCCGCCACUCAACCGGGUCAACCUCUCACAGAUAGGGAGGUCUCCACUCUAUGUACGAGUCUGGGGCAGAACAACCCCACUCUUGCACAGAUGACGGUUGUCAAGAGGCUCCUGUUCGAGUGCCAGACCAUGAGCUUGGCAAACUUGAAGGCAACCGUGGAACAGCAGCCGGACUCAGUCCUACGUAAGCUGCCAGGAGCUGAGAGAGCCCAGCGCCUGGAAUUGCAGGCUCAAAGGCUGGGCGGACUCUCGAUUGAGCAUGACUUGGAGCCCGCCUUUUCAGUAUAUGAUGCCGUGUCGACACAGGUAGAGCAAGGGUCGCUGAAAUACCUGCACCCGAGCAAGAUCCCCACGCGUCGCCAGGAAUUGGCGCAAGGCAAGCCAACCAAGGAACUUGUGCUGGAUGCUUCGGGGGAUGGCCUCUCGGUUCAAGACAAAUCCUCUAAAGUAGAGGCCCAGUUGGGGUCAGACAUGGCGACUUACAGGGCGUUGCAAAGACGGGGUCUGGCCUACGACCUCGUUGGCAUUUUGAGUUUCAAGGUGCACGAGAAAUGGCUUCAGAAGGCCUUUGCUACCUUGCAGACCCCACCGCCCCCAGGCUUCAACCGUCCGACGCUGCAGCAGGUCCUGCGAGCAGAUCGGGCCUUGUGGAUGGAGCUUGGCAGCAAACAGCCGACCCUGACAAGGGCAGCGGCGAACGCGCCGCUCGCGGACGCCCGGUGCUUAGAUCAAGUCUUUCUGGAAGCCACCAACACGGUUGCAGUCAAUUUUCACUUCAUGCCGACACCUCGUGCGGAAGGGUUCCCAGAUAGAGGAGGCAAAGGCGCUGGCAAGGGCCCCAAGCGCUGGGGCGAUGGAAAAGGGUAUGGACAAUGGAAAUAUCAGAGGACCGACAAAGGAGACAAGGGCCAGGGAGGCAAAUCAGGCUUCAAGGGGGCCCGCCUCCCCACAAAGGGCAAAUUUGACAGUGGCAAGGGAGGCUUUCCGAACAAGUCCCUUGUCUUGCAAGGAGGCAAGGGGGAGACCCCCAUGCCGGCCGCCUUGCGAGGCGGAGUGCCGAACGACGAGCAAGGAGAGCCUCUUUGUUUUGGCUUCAACCUAGGACAGUGCAAGGACGCGGACAGGCCCGAAGAGAGCUGCAAGGACUCGUACCCUGCUGCUAUUGCGAAAGAGCAAGAGAAGCGAGUCAUCACGGCGCGCAGAGGUCUGGACAAGCGCAAUGUACUGCGCAAGGGCAAGAUCAUACAGCUGGACUUGCUCCUGCUGUCGCACCAAGGUCUGCUGUGGAAAUGGCUGGGUUCUCCAGGACUGGUCGCCGUAUGGCUGGCGCCGCCCUGCGGCACAUCCAGCAGGGCCAGGGAAAUCCCGCUUCCGGGGGAGGACGAGCCGCGUCCUUUGCGGUCAGUGGAGUGCCCGGAAGGGCUCCCAGGCCUUGGCCCAAGUGAUGCAGAAAGGGUGGCAAAGGCUAACGAGCUUUACCGGCUCACGGCCCGAAUCUGGGACUUCUGCUGCGAAAAUGACAUUGUGGUAAUCAUAGAGAACCCCUAUCGCAGUUUCUUCUGGCAUUGCAGCGCCAUUGAACACAUCCUCAGGAGUGAACAGGCGAUCGUGGUCCAGUGCGACUUUUGCAUGAUGGGAGGUUCGAGAUUGAAGCGGACGGCCCUGUUGUGCAACAGCGACCUCAUCACAGGCCUGGCUGUCACGUGUGAUGGAUCCCACGAGCACCUGCCCUGGAAAGUGCAAGAGGGAGUUCUCGCAACAAAGCUUGAGACUGCGUAUCCACACCAGUUUUGUAAGCACUUUGUUUCCCUGCUGCUGCAGCAUCUGUUAUCCCCGAAUUUCGCAGACGAAUCAGAUGGACAGAUCCCGGGCUUCAAGGCGCCAGGAGCCCCGGCGCUGAGAGUGACGCCCCUACUGUCUUCUGCGACGGAUGUGCUGGUGGAGGUGAUUGAGACUCGAGCUGCGCAGUCACGGAGAUGGCUCCAGCGAGCCCAGGAGCUGCAGUUAGCUGAAGACGACUUCAAAGCCAAGCUGCCCGAGCACAUCCGCAGCAGCCUCCGUAACAAGAGAAUACUGCUCUUCAAAGAGAUGCUAGAAGCGUCCCACUACGCCGACAAGGCAGUGGCAGACGACCUGGCACAGGGUUUUGAUCUUGUGGGGCAUUUGGACCUUCCGGCAGGCUGGUCCACCGACUUUCGUCCAGCAUUCCUCUCCCUGAAGGACCUGUCCCAACUGACGCAGGAGACCAACCACCAGGUCAUCAAGGAAGUUGAGGACUCAUCUCAGUUCCUGGAAGAACUGUGGCAGAAAAGUCUCGAUGAAGUAUCAAAAGGCUGGUCGGAAGGACCUUUCCGAGAGCAGGACUUGCCACAAGGAGCUGUAGUCAGCAAACGUUUUGCAAUCCAACAAGGGAACAAGGUCAGGCCGAUUGACGACCUGUCCCAGAGCCACAUCAACGAGGCAUUCGGGAGCAUGGGGAAGAUCGAGUUGCAUGACAUCGAGACAAUUGCAGCGUCGGCCAUCUUGUUCCUGAGGCACGCAGGACAAGGACUGCUUGGUAAAACCAUUGACCUGAAAUCAGCAUAUAGGCAACUACCACUGUCCGAAGAGGCACUCAACAUGGCCUACGUGGCUGUCAAGGACCCCAAUUCGGGGGAGGUUCGCUUCUUUAGGCUUCUCUGCCUUCCAUUCGGCGCUGUGGCGGCGGUCCAUGCAUUCAUCAGGGUCAGCCUGGCUAUUUGUCAUAUAGGAAACACGUUUUGGCACUUGCCUUGGAGCUCUUUUUACGAUGACUUCACACUGUUGUCAACACGACAGCUGGCCACUAGCGCAGAGGCCAGUGCAUGUUUUCUGCUAGACUUGCUCGGCUUUGAGUUUGACAGAGACGGAGACAAGGCCCAGCCGUUCCAGGAGGGGCUACGACACUACAUAGCCGAGGCGUCGCCGAGGAUAGUGCGAGCCCAGACCUCAGAGACGGUGUACGCCUUUACGGACGCCUCGCAAGAAGGACUCCAAGGCCUCGAAAUGGGCCUGGGAGCAGUCCUGUUCAAUCAGGAGGGGCACAUCCUGUGCUGGUUUGGCAUUGUGUUGCCGCAUGACCUUGCUGAGAAACUUCUGCAAGGAAAGUCUAAAGUCAUCAACGAGCUCGAGAGCAUAGCUGUUCUCCUGCUAUUCAUUCUAGCCCGAGAGUUUCUGCGGGGGAAACAUGUGAUGUGCUACUUAGACAAUGAGGCGGCGCGCAUAACGCUCCUCAAGCUGACCAGCGAUUCAGAGGCUUUGACCCUCUUGAGCAAUGCUUGCGCAUUGUUAGAACAGGAGCUUGAGAUGAUUCCGUUCUACGCUCGGGUACCGAGCAAAUCCAACGUGGCGGACGCCCCGUCUCGCCUUGACUUUACAGGGCUGCCACACAAUUGCAGGUUCCAAGACCAGGUGCUUCUUGCGGAAAUGGCCAAGCUGGUGAACUCGCUCGUCGGAAGUGAAAGCCGAGCAUAUUUGCUCCUCUGCUUUCAUGGCCGCCGUGACACCGAGCCCAGCAUCCAAACUGGCCACACAAGGUUCCCAAUGUCGCGCCCAGAACUUGAUGAGCCAAUCAACAAGCAAGCCGCAGAAGAGAACGAAUGCCAGCAUCAGAGAAGCAGCCUCAUCUCAGAGCUGAAGCAGGCAUUUCGGCUCGAGAUCCAGAAGCGAGGACUCCGCGACUUAAGGCGCGCGCACUGCUCGCAGGACCAGAAGUCCAGACUGCGCAGGGCGGGCAUGACCAGGGGCGGCACCAGCCUUGAAAGUAGCAGCAGCGCCGCGGACAUCCGCUUCACAGCGAGCAAGGUAAGAGCCAUGUCUGCGGAGACGAUCGCAGCAUCAUUAAAAGAUCAUUAA